GCACCGUCCGUCACUCAGACACUCGACUCAGAUCAGAUCAGACUGGGGAGCGUCUGCACACGGAAACUCCUUCUGCACACCGGAGCUCAUUACCGGAAUAAUCGUGUUUCUGACACCCGGAGAGCUGUUUCCGCGUGUUUGACGUCAUGCCCCGGUAGGAUCGAUCACCUGUGGCUCUGAAUUAUUGAUGAUGAAGAUGGAGGAGCUGCCGGACUUCAGAGACGUGGAGAACAAACUGGGCCGUAAAGUUCCGGAGAGUCUGAUUCGCUCGUUCACGGGAGAAGCUGCGAUCAGAUGCUCAGAAUCACACGCGCGCGCGGACGAUCUGAACACUCUCAACAACAAGAUCCGAUUCCUCCGGCAGCAGAUGGCUCAUCUCCGCUCUAUUGAUGUUAAGCUGAUGCAUCAGCUGCUGUCAAUCAACGAGGGAAUCGAGUCCAUUCGCUGGGUGAUGGAGGAGCGAGGGGGCGUGGCCAGCCGGGAGGGCAGCUUGACGGGCAGCUUGUACAGCCUAUCGGACAGCCAGGACGCGUCCCAGCAAGGCAGCUGCAGCGACGGAUUGGACGGGAUUUCGGUGGGCAGUUAUCUGGACACGCUUGGGGAGGACGAUCCCGAGAACGACUCGCCGUCCGACCUGACGGACGGUUUCAGCAACAAACCUGUCGUGGAGGAGGAGACGUUCAAGAAACCUCCCCAUCGACCUCGUGUGGAGACCGACGAGUACUACUGCUUUGGAUAACGCGACGUUGUGCUUGGAUCAAAGACGUGUGUCGUGUGUGCAGUCUUACGAAGUGAUUUAGGAAAUUCCUAUUGUUAACCAGUCGCGACUGAUUCUCGUUCUGUAAGUCAUCGAUGGUUGAAACACUGCCUCAAUGAAAGGUUGGACCUUUUAAAACCACACCGAUCCUGAACCAGAUCGCAAACUUUUGAACCGUUUGUCUUAAAUGUUUUUUUUCCCAGAACUGUAUCGCAGGCGUGAAUCGGAGACGGCCGCGUUCACACACAUUCAGUUCUCAAUCCGGUUUGAAUGCAGAAUCCGCUUCUGUUCUAACACAGUUUGGUUUGAAAGAGUGUGACUCCACAUUGUUCAGGAGUGACUAAAAUCAAAAACCUCCCUUCAGAACUAUCCGAACUUAAUUAGUAGGAAUACAGAUCUAAGGUUGCUCUCAUUUUGGGCAGAUUAUUGCAGAAGUGGAAGCACUUCAAAAAAUGAAAGUGUAAAAAAACAAAUGUACUGAACUAAACAAAAAAUAACAUGAUUUGGACUCUGAAAUUGCUAGAAACUCAAAUAUGUCUAACCAGGAUAUGCCCAAAUUUGAAGUUGAUUUAACAAAAAUUGAGGUUCCUGUGAGAUUUUGUUUUAGUCACUUUACCAAAAAUAGCCACCGUUUGUUGUGUUCAUCUGUCACAAAUUAAUAUAUUUCUGUCACAUUAUCAUUUCUAUCACUAAACAGUGGCCAAAUAUGGAACCUCGAGUCUCAGACCUUUCCAACGACACGUGAUUUAUCAAGAUUAGAAAAAUAUUUGAUUUAUAAAAUGUGAAACAUGACUCCACCCACUAGGGGGAGGAGCCUGAUGAAAGGUUGAAAAGGAAAGUUGGGCUACUUUUACACCGUUGCCACGGUUUGUUUUUCAUGUCCGCGGGUUGAAGCGACCCCAUAAUAUUUAAUAUUUAGCCCAUGGAAUGCAAAUUUUACCAGAGGAACUAUUCCCAAAACACGGAUUUUAACCCCGGAACGCGAUUUUUACUGGGGGACCCCCCCCCCCUGAAAUGUGAUUGGGCUCGUUUUGAGUAGCAAAUGGGCGGGUUUUGUUGUGAAGACCUGGCAACCCUGGCUAGACUCAACUUUACCAACACAAACACGUUUUUUUCCUGUGGAUUAACGUUUGGAUUCACCAUGAUUUGAUCAUAAGACUAGUGCGCUAAUGGAGUCAUUUCUAAUUUCAUGUGGACUUUAAGAUGUAAUGCACAUUAUUGAUGACAACAGUUGCUCAGUAAGGGUGAAGAAGUAUUGAACUGUAAGAUUUACUGAUGUUGUCGUGUUUUACGGUUAAUAACAGCGGACAGGAGCGACUGAAUACUGCCGACACACACUCAAUCUCAGACUUGAAACAUGAUGAUUUUACCUGCUUUUACUUCUGAAAUGGCAACAUGUAGAGCACUAGAAUUAAUUAACACUACAAUUAAUUAACAUUGAUCAAAUUAUGAUCACCUAAUGCCCCUCAAAUCACCUCAAUACUUCAUUUAAAAGAUAUUAUCGUUAAGAAAAGCUCAAAUAUAACUGUCUAAUUAAAAUAUUACUACAGCAUACUGACAGAAUGAGGGAAAAAAAUCACCUUUCAUAAAGUUUUAUGUCCAAGUCAGUGGUUUUCCCGCUGAAUCAGGCUUCUUUUACACUGUUGCCGCGGGUUGUUUUUACCGGUGAACCCCCGGAACGCGAUUGGGCGGGUUUUGUUUUCAGAUCGAUCAUUGAAAUGUCAUGAAGCUGAAAUCAGUUUAAAAGCAUCCUGUAAAACUUUAAGGGAAUGAGGGAGCACACGAGCUCACGUGCUAAUGCUAACGCUGUAAACUGACGCGUUUGAGCCUCUCGCUGCUGCGCGAAUGUGUGAAUGAACAUGUUUACAGUUGUUCGUGAUGUUUCGCGUUAAAGUGCGAUUUGUGAGCUGCUUCACUCUUUAACGGCUGACUCUUCACUACAAUAAUGAGAUUGAUCUUACUUGAAUCUGACAUUUUCAGAUGAAUUUAGUAGGUUUAUUUGAACAGUUUUGAUACUGUAAUGUCACAGCUGUUAUUUCCGUUUGUUUGUGACAGUCGUUGUUUGUGCUGCUAUUUACUUUUUUUGUGCUUGAUUGAUUAAUUGGUUUUAAUUUAUUUUGUUCAUUUUCAACUUUGUUUUUCAGGAAAUGUCAUAAUGUAUUGACUUAUUUCUUUUGUAAUCUUAAAAAAAAAAAAAAAAAAAAAAAAAAAAAAAAUUAAUGAAAUGUUUUAAUGUGAAAUAAAACCACAAGAUCCUUUAACUCAUUUAA